AUGCAUCAUUACAAAAAGAAUUUAAAUUUGAUGUUUCUCCUACAUAAAAGAAAAUUACUUAAUAAAAGUAGGAAUAUAGUUAUACCUAAUUAUGAACCAAGUAGAUGUUCUUAAAAUAAUAAUGGUCUAAUUAAAGCUUAUACAGCAAAUACAAAUUAAGGAAUCAUAAGAAAUUAUAAUGAAGAUAGAGUAUCAAUAAUCUUGAAUAUUAUCAAACCCUAACAUAGAUCUUAAGAAACUUGGCUUAAAUGUGCAUUUUUUGGUGUUUAUGAUGGACAUGGUGGUUCAACCUGUGCUAAUUUUCUAAGAGAUAAUUUACAUUAAUAUGUGACUAUGUAAAGUAAAUUUCCUUGGAAUCCUAUAGCUGCCAUAAAAAAAGGUUUUUAGAUGGCAGAAAAAGAUUUUCUAACUUAAGCAUUAGCAUAAUAUGAAAAAG